AUGUCGUUUUGUCGCCUCCUCCGCCGUGCAUUUUCCACUGCCGCCACCACCUCCCAGCCCAAACCCACAACAGCCAAGAGCAUCAGAGCCAUCUCCGCCGACCUCGCCAAUGUCAAGCGCUUCCGUGUGAUCGAUGAAAUCGUAGAGGACCAGAAGAAGUACCCGGAUUUCUCCGACGAGGAUUUCACCGUCCGAAUCAUUUCCCUUUAUGGAAAGGCCGGCAUGUUUGAUAAUGCCGGGAAGGUGUACGACGAAAUGCCACAAAGAAACUGUGAGCGUACAGUGUUGUCCUUCAAUGUCCUCCUGGGGGCCUGUGUGAACUCCAAGAAGUUUGAUAUGGUUGAGAAGAUUUUCAGGGACGUGCCGGAGAAGUUGUCGAUUGAGCCUGAUUUGGUGUCGUACAAUACUGUGAUCAAGGCAUCUUGCAAGAUAUCAAACUGA